AACUGUGUCUAACGGCCUCUCCUCCGCUCCCUCAGCUCUGCCAGCAGGACGUUGUUAUGAUGUCGGUGUCGUGUCUAACUCGAGCUCUGCGGUCCCUGGCUCUCUCCCAGCCUGCACUGCUCUCCUCGCAGGCAGUCGCACAGACUAAGCUGGGACCUCUGGGGCCCGCUGCGGUCGGGCAGUGCAGGGGCUUCCUCACCACGGCCUCUCUGGAGCAGAACAGGACAUUUUGGAAGCAGAGGGAGAAGUACACCGUCAAGCCUAUAGGGAUGAAAAAGACAGGAGGCAGAGAUCACACGGGAAGGAUACGGACACACGGCAUUGGCGGUGGACAUAAACAGAAGUACCGGUGGAUAGACUAUCAGCGACUAGUCUAUGAAGCAGGCAAAGAGCCCCAGACCUUUGAGGAGAAGGUUGUUGAAGUGCGAUACGACCCGUGCAGGUCGGCUGACAUCGCCCUGGUAGCUGGAGGCAGCCGCAAAAGAUGGAUUAUCGCCACAGAGAACAUGCAGGCUGGAGAUGUCAUUAAAACCUCUGGAGUUAUUGGACGCAUGGCAGUCUCAGCCAAUGAGGGUGACGCAUACCCACUGGGAGCUCUGCCUGUGGGGACACUGGUGAACAACCUGGAGGUAGAACCAGGGAAGGGAUCCGAGUACAUUCGUGCAGCAGGUACAAGUGGCGUUUUGCUCCGUAAAGUAAAUGGAACAGCAAUCGUUCAGCUUCCGUCCAAGCAGCAGGUUCAGGUACUGGAGACCUGCAUGGUGACGGUGGGACGCGUGUCCAAUGUCGACCAUAAUAAACAGAUAAUCGGCAAAGCCGGUCGCAAUCGCUGGCUUGGAAAACGCCCUUCGAGUGGCUUGUGGCAGAGGAAGGGAGGCUGGGCAGGACGCAAGAUUAAACCGCUGCCACCGAUGAAGAGUUACAUCAACCUGCCCUCAAUCUCAGCUGAAUAACACAACAUGAGUCUGGACAUGUUCGGGACUGGACAUUGUGGUCUGCUUAUAAUCGCCUUGUAUUAAUAUUGUGGUCGUUACAAUGAAAUCAAAAGCGAUUGUUCGGAGAAGAAACGUGAAUAAAGACGAGCUGUUUGUACAGAAGAUUAAAAAUUUUAUUAAACACAA